AUUAGGCUAAAUAAAUGUUGCAUCAAAGGUUUGACACAAUAUCGAGGGUUGAAUGAAAAAUAUGGGCAUUUGUCUUUGGUGUAGGCCUUCAUUAGUGACUGAGGAAUAGAAGCAUUUUUGGAGAACAUAGUCUCUGGGAAGAUUUCUGUGUUUUUCACCAUACUUCUGUGUGUGGUAGAAACUGAGCAGCCCCCUUCUCGUGUAGACACACCAUUACCUCCACUAGAGACUCCAUUCCUAAAUAAUUUAAGGUUAAAUUGAAACAAUUGUUUUUCCUUGCUAAUCCAUUUUUCUUUCCUAUUUUUAUAUUAAUAUUUUAGGUGCAUCUUAUUUGAUGUGUUUUUGUAUGUUAUACUCUUGCUGUUGUGCUAAACUAUACUCAAAUCACGACUUUUGAACUUUGGCAGGGGGUGUCAUUUUUCAGAUACAGUAUGAAUACAAUCUUGCAACUAAUAGUGAUCUUUUUUCACUGAAUUCCAGGUGUCUUAACAUUAUCCCUAACUUUGUAUAUGUUUUUACAUUUUUAAGUUGUUUUCAAAUGUCUGAAUCUUUUGACUAUAUAAUACAUGGAUGUGUUUCGCUGAUCUUCCUGGUAUUCACUGAAGUCAGAUACAAGCAUUGGUUUCUCUUGACCUGGAGUUAGGAAUAGAGCUUCCAGUGAAUGCUGGGAGCUGAGCUAAGACGUCUUCAAAACCAACAGGUGAUUUUUACCUGCUGAUACAUCUUUAUAUACUUCAUUACUUUUUGUUGUUUUACUGCUGUAGACUCACAUUUACUUUGUCAGUGCUUUUGAGAUCUCGUUGAUCUAUCUGUAACUAACUUUGUAGAAAUGUUUUCCUUCCUAGGAAUUAUUAGUAUUACAGUUUAAAAGAGAUCACUCUAGGUUAUGAUAGAAAAGUACAGAAUUAUAGUGAAUGUUUAAGUGUAUGGAGAAAUUUUGAGUGAGCCACUGAGUGUUUUCUAAUUUUAUGUUAGAGAUGGGGUCUCUGUACCCUUGAAUGUCCUGGAAAUCUCUAUAUAGACCAGACUGGUUUUGGAGUCAGCGUUUCAGCUGUUUCUGCUUCCUGAGAUUCGGUAUUAGAAGAGCACCACCAGGGCCAGAUUGUCUAUUCUUUUUUGAAGUUAAUUAUUCUGAAAGAUUUUGCAGAUGGACACUCAAUAUUGUCAUCACUCUGUUUGCAUGUCUCUCUGUGUAUAUUAUAAAUCAUUUUUCCUGUAAUGCUGUAUUCUCUUCAAUGGGCACAUAUGAAAGGCAUCUUCCUGCUUAUCCCUUUUCUUUAAAUAGAGUUGGUAUUUAGUGGCCCAUGUCAUAAAAUAUAAUGAACAUAUUGAAUUAUGUAAAUAUGUCUUCAUUGAAGUAUACAUUUAGAAUGUCUUCAGUGUCAACAUUCAUUUAUUAUAUCACAUAUGGGAUACUUUAGGAUGCAGUGACCUAUGAGGAUGUGUAUGUGAAUUUUACUCAUGUAGAGUGGGCUUUGCUGGAUCCUUCCCAGAAGAAUCUCUACAAAGAUGUGAUGCUAGAAACCUACUGGAACCUCACUGCUAUAGGCUGUAAAUGGGAAGACCACAGUAUUGAAGAACAUGGUCAAAUUUCUAGAAGUCAUGGAAGGUAUCUUCAAGCACACGAAACAACCAAUAAUAAAGAGGAUCUCUUUGAAUGUAAUCCGUAUGAUGAAGCCUUUACAUCUGAUUCCUCUUUUAAAGUCCACCAGAGAAGUCAUUUGGAAGAAAAAUACUAUGAAUAUAAUCAAAUUUAUAAAACCUUUCCAUGUCACAGUCUUCAACAAGUGCAUAGUACUCAAACUGGAGAGAAAAGGUAUGAAUACCAUCAGUGUGAGAAAGCCUUUGACUGUCCCACUUACCUUCAAAUAGAUAAAAGAAAUCAUACUGGAGAGAAACUCUAUGUUUGUAAUCAGUGUGGCAAAGCCUAUACACUGAAGAAGACUCUUCUCGCUCACAUAAGAAAUCAUACAGACGAGAAAGCCUAUGAAUGUAAUCAAUGUGGUAAAGCCUUUGUAUGCAAAAGUUAUCUUCGUGCUCAUGAAAGAACUCAUACUGGAGAGAAACCCUAUGAAUGUAAUCAAUGUGGCAAAACCUAUACACUAAAUAAGAAUCUUCUCUGUCAUAAGAGGAGUCAUACAGGAGAGAAACCCUAUGAAUGUAAUCAGUGUGGUAAAGCUUAUGCACUGAAAAAGAAUCUAGUCUCUCACCAUAGAAGUCAUACUGGAGAGAAAUCCUAUGAAUGUAAUCAAUGUGGUAACACCUUUGCAGAAAAGUACACACUUCUCAGACAUGAAAGAAUUCAUACUGGUGAGAAACCUUAUGAAUGUGAUCAAUGUGGUAAAGCCUUUGCAAGGAAGCUUUUUCUUCUCUGGCAUGAAAGAAUUCAUACUGGAGAGAAACCAUAUGAAUGUAAACAAUGUGGUAAUGCAUUUGCAAGGAGGAGCUAUCUUCUCUGUCAUGAAAGGAAUCAUCAUACUGGAGAGAAAACCUAUGAAUGUAAUCAAUGUGGUAAAGCCUUUGUAGAGAAGAGACGUCUUCACAGACAUGAAAGAAUUCAUACUGGAGAAAAACCCUAUGAAUGUAAUCAGUGUGGUAAAGCCUUUUUAGAGAAGAGAGGUCUUCAGCGUCAUGAAAUAAUUCAUACUGGAGAGAAACCCUAUGAAUGCAGUCAAUGUGGUAAAACCUUUGUACAGAUGAGUUAUCUUCACAGCCAUAUAAAAAUUCAUAGUGGAGAGAAACCCUAUGGAUGUAAUCAGUGUGAUAAAGCCUUUACAGUGAAGUCUAAUCUCCGCAGGCAUGAAAGAAUUCAUAGUGGAGAAAAGCCAUAUGGAUGUAAUCAUUGUGGUAAAGCCUUUACACAGAAGUGCAUGCUUCAGAAUCAUGAAAGAAUUCAUACUGGAGAGAAACCAUAUCGAUGUAAUCAAUGUGGUACAGCCUUUACAAGGAAGCAGUAUCUUCUUCGUCAUGGAAGAAUUCAUGCUGGAGAGAAACCCUGUUAAAGUAAUCAAUGUAACAAAGCCUUUGUGGAGAAGAGUAGUCUUCACAUGCUUGAAAGAAGUCACAGAGGAGACAAACUCUAUGGAUGUAAUCAGUGUGUUGAACACUUUGUGCAAAAUUAUCAUCAUCACAUUCUAAACAUUGUUUUUCUUUCUUGAUGGUAUGAGGAACAAAAACAAUCCAUAAGGGACAAAAACUAUAUUUUUCCAUUAAAGCAUAAGAAGCAUGGUUUAAUUGACUAACAAAAGUGGCCAAUAAUGAGUAAUGUGAAGUAAGCCCACUCCUAACUGGUCUAUUGCAAGUAACAUGAAAACACAUUCUGAGAACAAGUCUGUGUAUUGACGAAUAUUUCAGCAAAAGCUAAAUGUUUCAAUUUCUAAUUAUGCACUAACCAAUCCAGUUAAAAUUAUGGAAGGAGGGAUGGCAUUGGACUCUCUUCUUCACAGUUUUACAUCAGUAAUAUAUUGCCUCACCCUCCCUGUGUCAUAAACUAAAUUGAAGGGAUCUUGAUCACCUUUGUCUUCAAAAAUAUAUCACAUUGGUGAACUAUUUUGAUGGCAUUAUUUUGUUUGGACCACGCGAGCAGGAGGAAGCAACCAUAUGCACAUAACACAUAUGCACAUCAGAGGAUGGGACAAAAUCCAGCCAAACUUCAAGGAACUUCUACCUCAUUGAAAUUCUUAGGAUAUUAGGGUUGUGUGUAAUUCAGAAGUAUUUCUUCUAAGGUGACAGAGAAGUUAUUGCACCUGGUCCUUCUACCAUAAAGAAAGAAGCCAAUGUUUACUGGGCCUGUUUAGAUUCUUAAGAUAGCACAGUCCUCUCUUGGGUGUGUUAGUUUUGCCCAUAUACCAAGUGAAUGGAUGCUGUGGGGUAAUGCUCUUGUGCACUGUAAAAUUUGUCACUUGUAUUAUUUUAAUAUAACACUGAUUGACCAGUAGCCAGGCAGAAAGGAUAGGCAGGACGAAUAAACUAAGAGAAUUCUGUGAAAAGGAAAGCAGAGAGUCAGUCACCAGUCAGAUAAAGAGAAAGCAAAUGAGAAUUCCUCACUGACAAAAGGUACCAAGCCACAUGGCUAAUCAUAGACAAGAAUUAUGGAUUAAUUUAAGGUGUAAGAGCUUGUUAGUAAUAAGCCUGAACUAAUAGGCCAAAGAGUUUAUAAUUAAUAUAAUCCUCUGGUGUUUUUUUUAAAACUGUAUGGCUACAGGACUGGACAGGACAGAAAUUUCCUCUAAAAAUGGCACCCAAAGGUUUGGCAAGAAUUCCCACAUAAGAAUCCGCUAAGAAAGCUUUAAAAAAAAAUAAUUCUAGACAGAUAAGAAUAGAGUCAAGUGCAGUUUCUUGGUAACUGUAUUAUCUCCUAUAGUCUCUUGCAGCCCCUUUAAGAAACGCUUCCUAACUCAGUGGCAAAAACCUUGAGGCUCUUUUAAGAAGCAGUGUCACCAAACAAUUAAAUGAUGUUUAUGAAUAACUGGCAUCAGGCUUCCUGGUGGUAGCAUGGACCUAGAAACUCCUCAAAGUUGUGACAGUAAUGUGCCUCCCACCAGUACCUCCACCGUGAAGCUAAGGAAUGGUGUGGGGCCAGCCAACAAAGCUGGAGCUUUGAUCCUAGCCAUAUGGCUUAACAGAAUCAAGAUUCAUGUGGCAGAAAACUAUAAAGAUACAGUAAAGACAGGUGCAGAUAAAAAAUUUUAAAUGGUUUAUAAUGUGUUUAAAAAUAUAUGUAGGCUUGAGUAAGAAACGAAAAAAGAUAAAGUCCUAAAAAAAGAGAUAGAGUAGUGGGGCAUGGUGGUACACACCUUUAAUCACAGCACUUGGGAGGCAGAGGCAGAUCUCUGUGAGUUAGAGUCCAGCCUGAUCUACAGAGUAAGUUCCAGGACAGCCAAAGAUACACAGAGAAAUCCUUUCUCAAAAGAAACAAAAAAUAAAAAAACAAAAACAAAAGAAAUGGAGCAAAAAAAAUAAACUCAUGUAAAGAUGGAAAAUACACAGAGAAUCUUGAUUUUGUAUGUUAUUGUGUAGUCUUUGAGUUGUUUGACUGCAAAGGAAGAGCAACAGCUGCUAAAAGGCAAUUGAUUAUAAAUGCUGCUAGAUUAACCCAACCUAUAUAUUUUGAAAAUGUCUUAACUUCAAAUUUUAAGUCAAAUAUAUGUUACUUUGGAGAAAAGGUUUUGCUUUUGUUUCCACAGAAAAUGAGAGGCUGUGUAUUCAUUCUGGGUUAAAACAAAUAAGGUUUGAUCAAGUAAGACCCCUUGAAAAUUCUCCAGUGGAAAGGGAUUGCCCAGAUGUUCCAACAUUUCAGAGUACCUCUGUUGCAGUUUCCUCUGAGUUCUAUAUCCAAAACAGCCUCAAACCUGUUGGCUGAGAGGAUCUAGCCUCACAGAAUAUCCCAGUAAGGAUGACCACAAUCCUAAUUUUUUUGGGGGGGGGGUUUCAUAAGAUUAUCAGUGCCCCCAAUUAGCUGAAGUAGCUUAGAAUACAUUCCCAAAAGUAGAUUCUGUGUGUUUGUCAUUAUUUAGAGUUUUGGUUACAAGUUGUUAUGGAUAACAUGAAAAAGCUAAACAAAGAAGAUUAGAUUCCAAGUUCUUGUUUUGAAAAGAAAAAAGGGAAAAUGCUAUGGGAUAAUGCCCUUGUACACUGAAAACAUUUUUCACUUCUAUUAGUUUAAUAAAAUGCUAAUUGGCCAGCAACAAGACAGGAACUAUAAAUGGGGUAUCCAGACUAAGAGAAUUCUGGGGAAAGGAAAGCAGAAAAUCACCAGCCAGACACAGAGAAAGCAAGAUGAGAAUUCCUUACUAAUAAAAGGCAACAAGCCACAUGGCUAAACAUAGACAAGAAUUAUGGGUCAAUUUAAGUUGUAAGAGCUAGUUAGUGGUAAGCCUGAGCUAAUAGGCCAAACAGUUUAUAACUAAUAUCAGCCUCUGUGUGUUUCUUUGGAACUGGACUGUUACGGAACUGAGUGGGGCAGAAACUUCCAUCUACAAUUUGGAAUUUUGGAAUACUACUAACUUUGGUUCCUGGAAGAGCAGAAGGACUUCAAUGGGUCCAUGCUGCUGUGUAGUUUUCUCUAUCACUUAGAUCAUAUGAUUAAGCAGACCUAAUGGUACUUGAAGUGAGAAUGGCAGCUAGGAAUGAUACUAGGAGCCUUUUGUGGUCCCUUGUAGUUGUAUCAAGGAAGAGAACUUGGUGAUAUUGGAGCAAAGCUCUCCACCAUUCUGCAGACACAUGUUCUUUCUUUCAGAGAUGCAUCUUGGCAUACUAUUUGACCUUAUUGGAAAAUGAAAAUUUGACAAUGGCCCUUUUUGCCAGUCUUACCAGGCAAACUGAGCUGCUCUACCCAUCGUGACCAAACAAGUCAUAGAUUAGGGCCUUCAUAGCAGAAAUACUAUUAUCAAAAGAAAGUGACACAUUUGUGAUUUGGUUGAUCAUGUUUGGAGGCACAACCAAGUUACAUGAAGAACUUGCACAAAUGUCUAAGAUUUUUACUACAAGGGUGUUGAUCUUGCCUUUAAAGUCCUAAUUAUCCUUUUGCAUUGAAAUUAGCAUUUUCAAAGGCCAGAGAUUCAAUUAUUAUUUGUCUAGCUUCUAAAUUUGGUAUUCUAUUUACCACUAAUAUCAAUCUUUUAAGAAAUCAUUGAAGGUUUCUUUUGGGCCCUGUAUGACAUUAGUUAACGGCUCAAUUUUCUUUCCUACUUAUUUAAUUCUGUCCCAAGCAUUCAAAGUUACUGCAUAGCAUAAAGCCAGAAUAUGGCCAUAAUAUAGGUAUUGCAUCUCUAUGAUAGUAGUAGUAGUAGUAUAAUCCCCUACUCCCGUUAAUUAGAUAUAGGAAAAUUUCCCUAGCUCUAGUUCUCUUGUUCAAUGGUGUUAGCCUCUACUUUCAACCAGGUCCUCCAUUGUAAUUGUGGACCAGAUUCCAAGACUGCUGUAAACAAAUCUCUCCAAACUUGAGGGAUAAUUCUAUUCCAAGUUGCCCACAAGUUUAACAUCUGCUUCAUAAAAGGUGAAUGCAUGCCAUAUGAGAUUAUUACUUCCAGCCGGGCGGUGGUGGUGCAUGCCUUUAAUCCCAGCACUCAGGAGGCAGAGACAGGCGGAUCUCUGUGAGGCCAGCCUGGUCUACAAGAGCUAGUUCCAGAACAGGCUUCAAAGCCACAGAGAAACCCUGUCUCGAAAAACCAAAAAAAAAAAGAGAGAGAGAGAAAUUAUUACUUCCUUGAAUCUCUUUAAAUCUAACAUUGCCACAGAAGUUCAAUAAGCUCUUACACAGCCUGUAUCAUUUGGCAAUUCCUGUAAGGUUACUGGAUUUAUUAAGGUUGGUUAUUUGAAAACAUUAGUCUGUUCCUCUCAGACCUCAUAAUGCAAUGCUGAAAUUGGUUCUGUGUUAAAUUCCUCUGUCUGGAUUUGAAUACCUCUAUGAUCUUUAUAUGAUUUUAAUAAGUUUUUCUAAGGACUGUAUCUUGGCAUUUAUACCAAGCAUCUUUUUAAGAGAUAAACUAAGAAUUAUCAAAGCAGCAUCAAGGCUUAUUAAAAUGAUAAUUAGCAGUAUAUCAAUUUUGGGUAAGUUGAUUGUUUCUUCAUUUAAUUGGCCAUAUUUAUAUCGUGUAUUUGUAGGAGGAAGGCCACUUGUUCGUCCCAGCUGCUCAGAACCAAAAUAACCACACAGAAACUAUUAAUUAAAUUGCUGCUUGGCCCAUUAGUUCUAACUUCUCAUUCUAACUCUUACAUCUUAGUUUAACCAAUCUCCAUUAAUCUGUGCAUCACCACGAGAUCGUGGCCUACCAGCCAAGUUCCAGCACAUUUAUCUCCAGCAGCGGAUCCAUGGCAUCCCCCUGACUCUGCUUCCUUUCUCCCAGCAUGCCAUUAGUUUUCCCCUCCUCUACCUAUGUUCUACCCUAUCAUCAGGCCAAGGCAGUUUCUUUAUUCAUUAAUGGUAUUCAAGCAUACAGAGGGAAAUCCCACAUCACAUACAGAAACCUAACUUUAUCAUAAUUGUGUGUCCCAUUUUUCAACAUGGAUAAAAUUUCUCCUUUAACUAAUUGCUUGCUUUAAGAAUUCCCAAUUGAGCUGGGUGGUGAUGACACAUGCCUUUAAUCCCAACACUCAGGAGGCACAGGCAUGUGGAUCUUCUGAGUUUGAGGCCAGCCUAGUCUACAAGAGCUUCUUCCAGGACAGGCUUCAAAUUUUAAAAGAAUUCCCAAUUGUCUUACCAAAUCUGCCAGUGAUGACAAUGAAGAUGUGAGGCUGACUGCCACUACCUAAAACAGUAAAUGGAUCACCAGAUUUCAAGGCAGCAGCCUGAGAAGGGAGAUCAGGGAAAGCACCAUGAGACAAGAAAGGAAAGCGUAGCCAGCUACACUCUGGCAUAUUGUAGCUCUGACUUGUGCCUGUAGCUGCAAAGCCACAGGCAAAUGGCUUUUUGGUGAAUUCCAAGUGGGCUCUAGAUUUAGCAUGAAGUUUAGUUGGUCUUUAAUAGUAAAAAUUCAGUCAGGGGGUGGAAGGUGACAGAUCAGUGAAGCAGAGUGGUCAGCCAAUAGAGAGUUCUCACCUCUACCAAUGCUCUGACUGAAAGGGCCAUCCUGCCUCUUCAAGACUCAGACUUACUGCCUAGACUGCACUGAUUUGUAUUCUCCCACCUUAUAUUCCUCUCUCUGCCCAACCAUAUAACUUUUAUCUCCACCUCCCUAGUGCUGGGCUAAAAGGCAUCAGAUCCUAAGUGCUUGGAUAACCUUUGUGUGAGUUCUGGUUCUGUUUUAGACAGAUUCAGUCUUAGGUAGCCCAGGGUGGCCUUGAACUAACAGAUAUUCCUUUACCUCUGUCUCAGGAGUCCUGGGAUUAAGGAUGUGUGCCACCACAGCCUGACUUCUAGUACUUAGCUCUGCACUCUGAUCUUCAGGCAAGCUUUAUUUGUUAAACUACAAACAAAAUAACACUAAUACAUAUACACAAACAUACAUAAAUACAUAUUUAUAUAUAUAUUACAUCACUUAUCCCCUUCCUUGUUUUUUCUCUAUCUCCUCCCCCAAAUUCUUCUGAUUUCUUCCUUGUUUAGCAUGUGUGAUUAGGUAUGCAUAAAUAUCUGAAUAAAACCUGCUGAGUCCA